AUGGCACAUACCCCUCCCUCCCAAUCUACCUUUGUGGAAAUUGAGCCUCCACCAGACAUCUCAACUCCAGUAUGGCCGCCUGCACUGCGACCGGGAAUGCCUCUGGAACCACCUCCAUGUGCUCCGGUGUUCUACCAUACCCCCACUCCACUCAGCCCUGUUCAUCCUGGAACCCAUGUGCACAUGUCCUCUCCUGCUCUGGCUGGGAGCACUCCAGUACAAACUCUCACCUGGGCAACACAAGGGGAUAACAUGCAACUUUGCACCUCUUCUGAAGGUGGAACUCAUUCAUCAGUGGCACAACAUGAACUGCCCAACAUUCUACCAACUCCUGGAAGGCAAAUACAAGAAGUCACUGCUUGGGUACAAGGGAACUGGGAUACCUUGUUUGACUUAAUGGCAAGACAAGAAACAAGAGUGAAUGAACUUACCCAGGAAGUGAAAGAUACCUCUUCUCAGCACCAGAGCCAGAUUGCUGAUCUUGCUGCAAAAGUGGAGGAUAACAAAAAUCAAGUUUUAACCCUGUUUACUACCACUAAGCAACAUGAGGAGACUGAAGCAGAUAACCUGACUAAAGCGAUGAAGUUAAUGAUCACGGAAGAACUCCAGAAGGUGGAAUCUACCUUGGUUUCUGAACUACGAUUCAUGGUUGAUCAACUCCAAGCAGAGGUUCAGCAGGACAUCAAAGCUGUUCAAAACACUUUCCAAACAAGCCAUAAUAAGAUAACUUCACAACUCCAACAAUGUGUUACUCAAACUGAUCAAUGUCUCACCGGUUUCAAAGGGUUGAAAAGUGAAGUGGAGAAAGGAUUUCAAAGUGUUAAAAAAAGUGCAGAUCAACAAAAGUUAAGCGUCUUGACGCCACCAGGUCCCAGCACUAUCAGUAUUUCAUCCCAGCCAUCUCCUUCUGCUCCAGUGACUCCUUCAACUUCUUCAACCCCUCCGUUAACAUCUGUGGUUAAAAGUGACCAUAUUAAAUUAACCUUCCCCACAUUUGGAAGGCCUUCAGAUGAUGCAGACCCCCUAUUGUACCUAACCAAAUGUCAGGAUUUUUUGGCUAUACAUCCCCUGACAGAUGCAGGCAUCCUGGCUACCUUCCGUACUGUCUUGUACGGAACAGCACGAGACUGGUGGGAAGUCAGACGGUCCACCAUAACCACCUGGAAUGAGUUUGAGACUGCAUUUUUAUCUGCUUUCCUUUCGGAGGAUUAUGAGGAUGAACUGGCUGAACGUGUCCGUACUAGGAUUCAAAGAGACACAGAAUCCAUUAGAGACUUCGCGUUUUCUUACAGAGCUCUCUGUAAAAGAUGGAAGGCAGAUUUUACAGAGGGUGAGAUUGUGAAGAUGAUACUUAAGAAUAUUAAGCCAUACCUUGCCAGUCAAUUGCGUAGCAGAGUAAAUACUGUGGAAGAGUUGGUAAAAUUAGGACAUCAACUGGAAAGAGAUUAUGAGCAACAGCUUCGUUAUGAUUGUGGUCGAAUGGGCCCUAAGCAUCAAGCCACAUCACAAAGACCCUACUCAAACCAACCUACUGAGAAAAUCCCAGUUCAGUGCUGGAGAUGUAGAGGACAGCAUCCACCAGGAAAAUGUCCACAUUAUACCUCUCCCCAGUCACCUCAGACGUCUGGUCCACAGUAUUCCACCAGCGGCAAACAACCUUAUCACCCCAAGUCAGGUGGUCAUCCGUCCAACAACUCUGUUGCUGCAACAAGAAGUCAUAAGUCACAAUCAGCAACCAAGAAAACCUCCUCCUCACUUACAAGCUCUAAUGAACGUGUAGCGGUACCUCAACAACUAGUUGUUCCCCUUUGUAUCGAUGCCUGGUCAGGUAAAGCCAUUGUGGACACUGGUGCAAGCUACACACUCAUCCAUGAGAAUCUCAUGAGGCAGCUUACAUCCCCCGACCAGCUGCAACCGUGGUGCCAUGGUCCUCUUUAUCUGGCGAAUGGAAAAGCAGAGAUUCCGUUAGGAUGGCUGAAUACCACCAUUAAUUUACAUGGCCAAGCAUUUACCUUACCUACUGCUGUACUUUCAUCCCAAGCUCUAGCCUAUGCUGUAGUCUUGGGGUUGGACUUUAUUUUCUUCAGUGGGCUGCAACUCAAUGUCAUUGAUCAAAAAUAUUCCUUCAAGCUGGAUCCUUCAAAAGAGUACCCCUUUCAACCAGGAAAUCCAAGUGUGUCAAAUGUAAGUCCCCAAAAAGAUAUAUGUCAAUUUAAGGAAGCCACACAAAACCUUUCCUUAUUAACUUCUGUGCCCCCUCCAUCAUCACCAUUGCAAAUUCAACACCCGGACGGUAUUGAUGAAAAGACAUUGAUAAAAAAUGCUGUGGAUGCUGCUCAUUUACCCUUUGAUGAAAAGCUACAGUUACUCCAAAUCCUGAACGAAAGCCCUCAGGUGUGUACUCUCCGUACUGGACGUACUGUGGUUCUCCAACACAGCAUCUAUGCCACCAGCCAAGUCCCCAUUAAACAACGGCCAUACCGUUUGUCCCCCCUCAAGCAAAUUGCCCUGGAGGAGCAACUUGAUGAGAUGUUGAUGCAAGGAAUAGUUGAACCAUCCCACUCUGCUUGGGCAUCACCGGUGGUCUUAGUACCCAAAAAAGACGGCAAAUUUAGAUUCUGUGUGGAUUACAGAAAGGUUAAUUCUGUAACAGAAAGUGAUGCUUACCCUCUUCCCAACAUCACAGAAAUUCUGGAAUCCCUCUCUGGGGCAGCCAUCUUCUCUACAAUCGAUCUAAACAGUGGAUAUUGGCAGGUGACCAUGGACCCCAACCGCAAAACCAAGACAGCCUUUAUCACUCCUGCAGGUCUCUAUCAAUUUAAUGUUAUGCCGUUUGGUCUCAAAAAUGCGCCCGCAACUUUUCAGAGGCUCAUGGAGACAGUUCUGGGAGAACUUAGGAGAAAAAUAUGCUUUGUGUACAUCGAUGACAUCAUUGUGUACUCACCUUCAAUAACUCAGCAUUUCCACGACCUCCAGACUGUCCUCCAUAGACUAGGAACUGCUGGUCUCACCAUAAACUUAAAGAAAAGUAAAUUCUGUCUUCAAGAACUCUCCUUCCUAGGACAUGUUGUAAGUGUCAAAGGCAUUUCAGCAGACCCGUGUAAGACUGAAGCCAUUCAUACCUAUCCUGUGCCUACGAACUUGAAGGAAGUUCAGCGGUUCCUCGGGUUAGCAGGGUGGUAUCACCGUUUCGUUCCAAAUUUUUCAAAAAUUACUGAACCCCUCAACGCACUGAAAAAGAAGGGACAUAGUUUUCAAUGGUCAAUUCAGUGUCAGCAAGCUUUUGAACAGCUAAAGUCUUGUCUCACCUCACCUCCCAUUCUGGGCCAUCCCGAUCUUCAGCGGCCAUUCAUUGUUUACACCGAUGCCAGUGACAUCGGCCUGGGUGCCAUAUUAGCACAACGGAGGGAUGUAGGCAGAGAGGAGGUUAUAGCCUAUGCAAGUCGAACAUUAACUGGGGCCGAACUCAAUUAUACUGCAACGGAGAAGGAAUGCCUUGCAGUCAUCUGGGCCCUGGAAAAGUGGCAACAUUACCUGGAGCACAAGCUUUUUACAGUUGUUACCGACCAUGCUGCACUGCAAUGGGUCAUGAACUCCACAAAAACCACCAGCCGCCUCAUUCGUUGGGUCCUGCGAUUGCAGAAAUUCGAUUUUGUUAUUGAGUACCGAAAAGGGAAGCUAAAUGUAGCUCCGGAUGCUCUAUCCAGAUCUUCGGUUACCCCAGGAUGUAACUUGUACACCAGCAGAAAAGACCUAGCCCUGCCUGUAUCAGAUGUUGUCCUGUGGGUCGAACAGCACAAAGACCCCGAAGUUACAAAAUUAUUGCAAGCGGUUGCAGAUAAUUGUGCCAGUCUGAAUGACCAGUACGAAAUAAUUGAGGACAAAUUGUAUCACAAAGCAUACCUGACAAAUAACCAACUGCAUUACAGAAUCUACAUUCCCAGCAGUCUCCGAUCCACCCUUCUCCAGUACUAUCACUCCACUCCCAUCUGUGGCCAUGGAGGAAUCUACAAGACCUAUAAGCGACUUCAGGAAGUAGCAUUUUGGCCAGGCAUGUGGUCAGCGGUGAAACAGCAUGUGAGGACCUGUGUUAAAUGUCAAACUCUGAAAAGUGAUAACAGGAAGCCUGCUGGAAAACUACAGCAAAUCACAACAAGCCGCCCAAACCAAAUGCUAGGAGUCGACCUCAUGGGUCCGUUGCCACGUAGCACAACUCAAAAUGAAUACCUGCUGGUCUUUGUUGAUUAUUAUUCUCGAUGGGUGGAGUUGUUCCCUAUUCGGAGUGCCACAGCAAAGAAUGUUGCCUCCAUAUUCAGAAAAGACAUCCUGACACGUUGGGGCGUACCAGACUUCGUUCUCUCAGACAGAGGCACUCAGUUUGUUUCAUCUGUUUUCAGAGAAUUAUGUGAGAACUGGAGUGUUAUUCCCAAAUUAACUACCGCCUAUCAUCCCCAAACCAACAUGACAGAAAGAGUUAAUCGAAAUCUCAAGAGCAUGAUGGCAGCCUAUGUGGACGACAACCAUCAGAGGUGGGACCAGUUCUUACCAGAAUUCAGAUUCGCCCUUAAUUCAGCAGUUCAAGAGACCACUGGACUAACCCCAGCCGAACUCCAGCUGGGUAGGAAACUCCAAAGUCCAAUGGACAAAAUACUCUCUGGCCCUAAUCUAACCCCAGAUGCUGCCUCUUAUGAUGUAGUUCAUCAUCUUCAUCAUCUGCAAACUCAAGCGAAAGAAAACAGCAAGAGAGCCAAAAUGAGACAAUUGAGGAACUAUAACAAAAAUAGGAGAGAUGUAACAUUCAAAAGCAAGGAUCGAGUAUGGUUGCGUAACUUUCCCCAGUCUAAUGCACAGCGUAAAUUUAGCGCAAAACUAGCCCAAAAAUGGAGAGGUCCUUACCGCAUUAUCAAGCAGCUGGGUCCGUUGAACUAUCAAAUAGCCCUGGAAGACACUGGAGAAGACGUACGUACAGCACAUGUUUGCAACAUAAAAAUGUGUUAUCCAACAGCGGCAGAACUGGAGAUACAAGAAAAGAAAAAAACUCCUGGAUAUAUUUCAAGAAUCCUCAGAUGACGAAGAUUUUCUAGGAUUUUCUCUCUCCUAAACAACCAUAGGUUGUUUUCUACUAGGGGGGGAGAGUGUGGCAAACAAAAUAAUCUGUCCUAUAACAUUGGUUACUUUCACUUUCAUUUUAGCGUGAUUUCUGGGUGGAGUGUGUCAAUUAACGGCCGAAGGGAAUUGUAUUUAAAGGGAGCGUGUCAUACCUGAAUCAGAAGCGUCAUCCGUUUGUUUGCACAUGAGGGUAGCCCGUAUGAGUGAUAGUUUACGGUGGAAAGACGGCUGUGUGUCAAUCAGCUGUUUCAUGGGUAUGAUGUCUGGUGCGUGACUGAAGCAUUGCACUUCCAGACCAACUUCCAUGGGCAUUGCUGAAGACAAGAAAAAAACUGCUUAUCCACCUAUCUUGGUGUCUGGUGACCCGCGAUACUCAUUGGUGCCUUCAAUACCUGCAAACGUGCGUGACGCGGUCGGUUUCUGGCACGGGCACGGAUUCCGGAUAGAGACCGCUAGCGGGAACGUGUGGUCAUUUCUUAUUUUGUUUUAUUUUAUUUUUGUCCAUUUUGUUUUUCUGUGUUAUGAUUUUGAACAUAUGAAAGAAAUAAAUAUCCUGAUGACCUUUAGUCUGGGAUUAUUAUUAUUUGUUGUGUAACAGGUGGUUAUUUUUCUGCUAUCCUGGGUAAAGAUAAUUUUUGACAGGUUUAAUCCUGUCUGGCGCCCGAAGGUUU